CUUCAUUUCAUCUUCAAUGAAUAUAACAAAAAAAACUCGUGCCCAUUUGACCUAUAAGGAAAACAAACAAUGCUAAUAAGUUAUUAUUUCAUUAUGUACGGACGUUAUAAUAUACUCCGUAUAUAUAUGUGUGCAUGUGUGUGUGUAUAUAUUUAUAAAACAAAACAAAAAUGAAAUGAUCUUUUUAUUAAGUUAGUUUAGCCAUGGUGAGGAAGUGCAAGGGAAGGCAGAAGAUUGAGAUGACGAGGAUGUCCAAGGAGAGCAACCUUCUCGUAACGUUUUCGAAACGCCGGUCAGGCCUGUUCAAGAAAGCGAGCGAGCUCAGCACCCUGUGUGGCGUGGACAUCGCCAUAAUCGUCUUCUCCCCCGGGAAGAAGGUCUUUUCUUUCGGCCACCCGAGCGUGGACUCGGUCGUGGACCGGUUCCUCGCUCGGAACCCUCCCCCUCCCCAGCCUACUCCUCCCCAUCAGGCUGCUGCUGCGGGGGUCGCAGCGGCCUCUUCAACCGCUGCGACCUCCCAGCUCAUCGAGGCUCACCGGAACGCGAGCGUCCGGGAGCUGAACAUGCACCUGAUGGAGAUCUCGAGCCAGCUCGAGCUCGAGAGGAAGCGCGGGGAGGGGUUGACCAGGAUGAGGAGAGACAGCCAAGAGAAGUGCUGGUGGGAGGGCCCGGUGGAGGAGCUCCGGUGGCCGGAGCUGGAGCAACUGAGGGCGGCGAUGGAGGAGCUGAAGGGCGGGAUUGGCCGGCAGAUAGAAAAGCUUGUCUUGGAAGCCGCCUCAAACCCUAAUAAUCUUCUUCUCUAUGGAGCUCCCAAAGGAUUAGGGUUAUCAAUAACCCCUCAUAUUAAUGAUGGUUUUAGUAAUAAUAAUAAUAUUAAUAAUGCCUUUGGAUAUGGCCAUGGCUUCUUCUAAGUAAUUAUUUUUCAUAUGAAUAUAAAUAUCAUAGUGUUCAUUGUCAUGUGUAUUUGUUUCAAUAUAUAUAAUAGUUAUUCAUUGAUCCAUCAUCAAAUAAUAGGUCAUGAAUUUGGCCUUGCAAAGAAUAAUUGAUGGUAAUAAUU